UGAGUGCACUUGUGUAUGUGUGUGUGUGUUUGCGCGUGCAUACGUGCAGGCGUGAGUGUUUUUGUGUCCUAUAGGGGCACGUGUGGGUAGGUGUGGGAACACCUGUGUGUGGGAGAGCAUUGACUCCCGGAGUCAACUUGACCAUUGUACCUAAGAUAGCAUUUAUACUUUGUUACCAAAAAUGAGCUCUAGUAUUAUAGAAGAGGAUGCCACAGACCUUGAGUCUGCAUCCAGCUCCCCGGAAACAGAAAACUUCUACUCGCAGUAUGUGAUCUUGAAGACCAUUGGCCGUGGAAGCUUUGCCGAGGUAAAACUGGCCUACCACCGCUUCACCAGCACCCUGGUGGCUGUCAAAGUACUUCAGAAGGAGAAUAAGUGGUGCUUUCCGGUCCAACCCGAGGUCAAUAUUCUGAAGAUGAUCAACCACCCUAACAUCAUCUCCCUUCUCCAAGUGAUUGAGUCUGAGAAGAGAACAUACCUCAUCAUGGAGCUGGCUGCGGGAGAACAACUCAGUCACUACGUCCGAAAUGCUGGCCACCUGGAGGAAGACCAAGCCCGGGGGAUCUUCAGGCAAAUCCUAAGUGCUGUGAGUUACUGCCAUGAACAUGGAAUAAUUCAUCGGGACCUGAAACCAGACAACAUCAUGGUGGAUAAGAACGGAAAAGUCAAAAUCAUCGACUUUGGCCUUGGCGCCCAAGUUAAGCCCGGACAAAAACUUGGAUUUCACUGUGGGGCUUUCAGAUUUUUUGCCCCUGAAUAUUUCUUUAAAAGACUUUAUGACGGCCCCAAGGUCGACAUAUGGAUGUUAGGAGUAGUUUUAUAUUUCAUGGUAGUCGGGAAAGUCCCAUUUGAUGAUGUCACCCUACAAGAGCUCCAACAACAGAUUGUGAAUGGGAAAUAUACUGUCCCCUUGGGCCUGUCAGAGGAACUCCAGGACCUGCUUAGCCUCUUAACGACAGUCGACCCCAUGUGUAGGCCAACAGUGGAUGAAGUGAUGACACACCCCUGGCUCAGGAAAGACGUGGAGGAUUCACCAAACGACUGUGAAGAAAUGGUCCCUGGCUUGCCUGACCCUGCAAUAGUGAAAGCCAUGGAACACAUUGGGUUCCAAGCCCAGGACAUCAAAGACUCAUUACAACAGAGAAAAUUCAACCAGACCACGGCAUCUUAUUCCUUACUAAAAAGGCAGGCUCUCCAGUGGCCUACCUGCACAACCUUGGCUCAACAAGUGAAUCCAGGGUUGGCGCCAUUCCCUUCCCUAGAGGAUCCUGUUGCUUUCCCUCUACCUCCCAGGAGGAGGAGUAGUGAGCCUGCCCUUGGCACAUUGCUCAGAGGGUCAUCCACUAGUGGUCAGGUAUCUGCCUAUGGCCAGCAGGCAGGUCAAAGAGGACACAGAAGGGCCAACAUUCCUCUCCACUCGCCACUCCAGAGAACACUCACUUUGGACCAAGACCCCCAACGCUCCAAGAGUGCCCCUUGCAUUUGCUCAAUGAGUACCAGCAGUGAUAACAAAGAAGAUGACUUAUGCUCCCACAGAGACUCAGCAAAGGACAAGUCCACCUGCAGCCAUGGCCAGCCUCGAGGCUUGAGGGCAUGGACAAGGAGGAUAGGAAACGCCCUUAUGGGUCUCUGCUGCUGCUGUCCAUCAAGGAAGAAACCUCUGUGGGGGCGGAACAAAGUCUUCCCUCAGAAAUGAGGCACAAGGAGGGCGUCUGGAGAACAAGCAGCAGGCCUGGCCCAGAGUUCUUCGGAGGAUGCAGAACAUCACAAAUCUGCAGCCGUGGUGUUGGAGAGGACUCAUGUAUGGGAAGAGACCUGCAGACGGAACCAUGCAGAAAGCCCAUGAUGCCCUGUGUCUGUGCCCUGCUCAAAGGUCCAGCCAGGAAGAAGGGAGCAAAUGAUGGAAUCCUGGGCCACAGGAAUUCUGCAAGGACCCUGCCCCUCAAAGGCAUCCAUAAUCAGGGGGCAGGAGCCAAAAACGUGUUCAAAGUCUACCCAGGCCAUGACCGUAUGCCCACAUGGUGUCUCCGGAUGAGGGAUGGCGAUCGGGAGCCAAGUCUUGGUUCCACCUCCUUGGAGGUCAACCCUUAUGUGGAAGUGCCGGGCAAACCGAAAUGAAAAAAAAAAAUGUGCCUUCCUAACGGAAUGGGCAGACAAACAUGACAGACAACACAGAAGAAGGAAAGAAGUGGGGGCCCCAAUGCUCUCCUGCCAAAGGGACAGGAAGAACACAACACUUCUCACCAAAACACACUGUUUGUGUUUCUUGGGGCCACUGUCAAGCACAGCCGGCAAGUAAAGAGAGGGAGCCCAUCAGAACCUGCGUUGGGAGAAAAAAAGUAACAGAAGCCCCACAUUGGGUGCCACAAAUUGCUUGGAUUCUAGCAGCUCCCUCAUGGCAGGGGGUGAGAAGCCACGUCAUCAACGACACAGACACACGGUGUCUGUGAAAAGCAAAUAACAAACUCCUUUAUUUAAUAACAGGGUAGCCCUUAUAUACCCUCCUCCCAGCGCCCAGUAUGUGUGGUCGUCCCUUAUUAGCUGGGCACAAUCAGGAAUUCUGACAGCAAUUGUUGCUAGGUCCUCAGACAGACUCAGCAUGAUCAGGAACUCUGACAGUGACAAGGAACUCUGACAGCUCCUGUUGCUAGACCCUCAGGCAGACUCCAGGUUAGCUCUUAAGGAGUGCAUUAUGUGCAUGCCCUGGCUACUGGUCUGAGCCAAUUUCCUCGACCCUAUGGGGCCUGUUUUACUAUAAUGAUUGUCAUGAAUCUCAGAAUAAAAGUGAUGUUUGUGAAAGAUGA